GAGCUGUCAUUUUACUUCCGGGUAGGGAAAGAGUUUGGUGCUGAAAGUGAAGUCGGAGCGUUGCCUUAGUGAAUCAGCAAGAUGGACCCUCCCUGCUCACUCUCAGCCAGAUUUGAAGGGUAUGUCCUAGAGCAAAGAGGUGUGCCUUGCUCUGAACACAGCACAACACAACCUCUCAGCUUCUGCGAAGGCUAAGGAGCACCAGGGGCUGCAUGGUGCAGGAGAGCCUUCUACUCAAGAACCCCCAACAGCACUGCAUUUUGCACUUCUAUUAAAUGAAUGCUGGUGGUCUCCCUAUUUAGAAUUCUUAGCUACAGCUACCAUGUCCUUUGCAUACCUGACAAUUAGAGACAGAUUGCCACAAAUUCUGACUAAAGUGAUUGACACGGUUCAUCGAAAUAAAAAUAAAUUCUUUGAAGACAAUGGAGAGGAAGGUGUUGAAGCAGAAAAGAAGGCACUGUCUUUCUUUUCCAAACUGCGCAACGAAAUACAGACUGAUAAACCUGUGCUUCCUCUGACUGAUAACCAGUCUGAUACAGAGCUCUGGAACCAGUACCUGGACUAUCAGAAAACACUUUUAAAUAAAGGGGAGACACCCAGCUGGUUCAAAUCUCCAUGGCUCUAUGUGGAAUGCUAUAUGUAUCGGCGGAUUCAGGAAGGCCUUGUACUGAGCCCUCCGAUCUCAGAGUAUGAUGUGUUUAGGGAAGGGAAGACUGAAAGUUUCUUUCAAUCCCAGCCAGCCAUCAUAGCUCUUUGCACCUAUCUUCAGGAGCUCAAAAAUAAUGUAGCCAACCUGAGCGAAAAUCAAAAGAAAGAAGAGCUUUCUAAGCUUCUCCAGGUUUGUUUAUGGGGCAAUAAGUGUGACCUUUCUAUAUCAGGAGGCCUGGACAAUUCACAGAAAUUCAGUAUCCUGAGCUCUCUAGAAUCUUUCAUGCCUUUUAUUCUAGUUAAUGACAUGGAGUCAGUGUGGGCUGUGCUAUCGGGGAGCAAAAACCUAGAGAGUGGUAAAGAGUUAAUGAAAAGAGUUGACAUUGUCCUAGACAACGCUGGAUUUGAGUUAAUCACUGAUUUUGUAUUAGCCGAUGCCUUGCUGUCUCUUCGGCUUGCCUCUGAAGUGCAUUUCCAUGCCAAGUGCAUGCCGUGGUUUGUUUCAGAUACUACAAAGCAUGAUUUUAAUUGGACAAUCAAGCAUCUUCAAGCAGCCAAUCACAAAUGGAUGUCAAAGUGCGGGGUAAACUGGAAGGAGAAUUUACAGAGGAGCUGCUGGAUUUAUCAUGAGCAUCUUUUCUGGACUUUACCCCAUGAGUUCUGCAUGAUGGCUCAGACUGCUCCUGAUUUGUACUCAGAGCUGCAGAAAUCUGAUUUGGUUAUAUUUAAAGGGGAUCUAAACUACAGGAAACUUACUGGGGAUCGAAAGUGGGAGUUCACUGUUCCUUUCUUUCAGGCUCUCACAACAUUCCAUCCUGCCCCACUGUGUAGUAUAAGGACUCUGAAAGCCGAUGUGCAGGUUGGUUUAAAACCAGGUGUUGGAGAGCAACUUUCUUCCAAUGAGCCUGACUGGAUGAUCAGUGGGAAAUAUGGGGUGGUUCAGCUGUCAACUUCAGUGUGAUUGGGGUAGCACAAGUGGCCAAUUGCAACAGAGCCUGCCUGCAUGGUAAUCGUGUUUGGUGCUGUGAUUGGAAACAACACAGUACCCUUAAAAAUGCACUAAUCUACAGCAAUACAGAAUGUUUUGGGAGUUAAUGUAUGCGUGUUCUGCUGCAUGUAUGUACAAUAACAGUUCAUAUGCUGUCCUGAGAAAGAAAUUUCACAGCAAAAGACUUAGGUUACUGGAUCACACAUAUGAUCAAGAAUUUAUACUAGCUAAAGCAGCCUAUGAAGAUUGCACCUUAUAGUUACAAUUCUGUUGUUCGCAGUGGAAUAAAUUCUGUGCAGCAGACCCUGCAACAGUGGUAGGGCCCUCAAAUAUGGCAUUUUACAGUAGCCACUCUGGCAUUUGCCAGAAUCUACUGAUUGCCAGUGUAGACCUGUAUGUAGCACUAAGUAAGGGCUAAACUACACAGGUGAUUUUAAUCUGAUUUAGUCAGACUUAAUCUGAUCUUGUCAUGCAGCAGCACAAGAUUUUGUGGGAUACUACAAAAUCUGAUCCCACUGUGCUGUAAUGUAAGUUUAAAUCAAAGAGUCAGAUGGUGGGUUUUGUUCCUGCAUCUACAUCCGCCAGUCGGUGUAUUUCAGUGAAAAGAGAAAAAGUCUUUCAGACACCCUCCGAUUUUAUUUUUCCAGAUGCAGACACAGCAUGCAGCGUUCCCUUCCAACAGGCAUGUGGUGUUACAUCAGACAGCAAAUCUUUCAUGGAGUUGACCCAUGAAACUAUACCCGACUUAAAGGAUGUGUUCUGUCAAUAUGACGCCAUCCUACAAAAUUUCUCUUGUAGUUUAGCCCUAAAGGUGCAGGAAUAGUGUAACCAAAGGUACUGAGUGUUUGAGGCCUAUGUAAAUGGUUAUACUGCUGGAUGUACACGUUGUAGGCUAUUUUUUGUCUGCAACACUUACACUUCAGGCAGGUGUGUCAGUAGGAGCGCAUUUGAAAUAAAACACAAAAUACAAAUAGCGCAAUACGUCUAUUAAAUUAAAAAUUAAAAACAGCCACCAUGUGCAGCAGACAUAAUUUGUGAAAAGUUCUCCCACAUGUGUGAUCACACUAAAUUGCUCACCAGAUGGCAAUGUACUCAAGUCAAACAAUAUCUUGAGUGAAUUCAGUUUGCAGUGAUGCCGGGCUCCUCAGUAUAAUGCAGUAGAAAGAAGAAGCAGAGACCUACGAUUAAGAAUUGUUGACUUGACAAGAUAUAGUUUGGCUUGAGUACAUCUGGUGAGCAUUUAGUGUGAUCACACAUGUGGGAGAACUUUUCACAAAUUAUGUCUGCUGCACAUGGUGGCUGUUUAUAAUUUAAUAGUGCAAUAUGUCUAUUUGUAUUUUGUGUUUUAUUUCACAUGUUCCACAUGCGCUCCUACUGACACACCUGCACAAAUUUCCAAGACCCACUCAAAGGGGUUACCUAAAGAAGGAGCUGCAGAUUCGUUUGUACAAUCUUACAACAUAGAAGUUGCAUUGGUUUUCAAGAUCUUCUAUCAAAAGCGCCAAGGUUCUUUGGGGUAUUUUACACUUCAGGAAUGGAGUUAUGCCUGCUGUAUUUAGGCAGGAUGGCCCUAAAUCACAGUGCCAAAAAUAGCAGGGUUUACUAGGCAUGAGCAGGAUUUUGGGUGAAUCUGGAAAUUUCUGGGCAUAACUGAAUGUGACCUGUUGAUCAGGCCAUGGCCUACCUUGUCUUGAUUUUAAAAUGCUGAGAGUUAUGAUAAAGACAUGAGUUGGUCCAGGCCUUGCAGCAACAGUGGAGCCUCAGUCUAAGAGAAAGCAAAUCAGAAAAAUUCAAAAUAGGCCUUGGCAUUUCAAGUAGACAGAGGCCCAAACAGCCCCAGACAGGCCCACUUAAUAGUGACUGUCUAUGGCAUCUAACAGCAGCCCCUCUGGCAUUUGCCAGAAUCCACAGAUUGCCAGUCCAGACCUGGGCAACACUCUAAUAAAAGUAAGAUGCCUUUUAAUUAUACUGUAAUUGUUUGCUGGCUGAGGAUGAGGAUAUAGAAGCUGCAGGCUACAGGGGCCACAGUGUUGAUUUCCAGCUUUAGUGAAUAGUUUCAAAUAUGGGGAAAGUUGCAUACAGCAUCCAUCUUGCUUCUAAUCUUUCUAUGGCAAACUUGCCCCUAUGUUCUGCUGGCUUAUCAGCUGCAGUAUCCAAUCAGAUUUGCAUGUCUGAUGUUUUUCUAGAGCUGCUGCUUGCCUAAUGCUGUGAUCUGUAUGAAACAUGACAUUUGUUAAAAAAAAUAAAAUUAUAGAAAAAGUG